GACGGCGGGCGGGCGCAGCCCCCCCCGCAGCAGCUUCAGCGCCAGGCUGAAGGCGACGGCGCCCUUGUGCAGCAGCAGCGCCAGGCAGAGCCGCAGCACCGCGCCCUGCGCCUCCUGCAGCCCCAGCGCCAGCCCCUCCAGCACGGCGUGCAGCGCCAGCGCCAGCACCAGCGCCGCGCUCCGCACCGCGCCGCGGGCUCCGCCGGGCCCCGCCGCCGCCGCCGCCGCCGGGCUCUGGAUGGAGGCGGAGGGAAGGAGGGAGCGCGAUUCAUCCGCGACAGGCGCCGGGUCCCGCUGAGCCAGCGCGAUCUGCUCCAGCACCAGCACCAGGAAGAAGCCCAUGGCCAGGAUGAACUCCGCGAGCGGGAAUUGCAGCUGGAAGGGGACAGGGGUGAAGGGAGGUGGAGACCGCCCGCCUGCGCCCGGCGCCCUGCCCGCCAUGGGGAAGGAAGCCGGGGCUGGCGGCUGCCGGGAAGCAGCGGAUGGAGGGAGGAUGUUUCCAUGAGUCACAGCAGGACACGAGGCCCGUCCCCUCCGGCCCAGUCUCUGCUGUUCCCACUCUCGCAUCCUGCUCCUCUCCAUCCCCUCCACACGGUGCCAGACCCCCCAUCCCCAUUAUCCCAUCCUCUCGUCUCUCUCAUCAUCAUCCCAUCCUCACUGUCCCCAUCCCCAUGUUCCCAUUCCCACAGGUCCCAUCCCCACCUCUCAUCUCCCUCCUCAUUAUCCCAUCCCUGUUGUCCCCAUCUCCAUCAUCCCAUCCCUGUUGUCUCCAUCUCCCUCAUCCCAUCUCCAUCAUCCCAUCCCCAUCAUCCUAUCCCCGUUGUCUCCAUCCUCAUCAUCCCAUCCCGCCACCUCACCCCCACCAUCCAAUCUCCUUAUCCCAUCUUCAUUGCCUCCAUCCCCACCUCCCCAUCCCCUCAUCCCAUCCUCUCAUCCCAUCCCCAUAUCCCGUCCCCAUUAUCCCAUCCCCUCAUCCCCCUCCUCACCACCCCAUCCCCACUCUCCCGUCCCAUCUGACCCCAAUCCCAGAGGCAGGGUUCCCUGGGGGUGUCCCUGCCCCGGGAGGGGUGUCCCUGCCCCGGGGGGGGUGUCCCUGUCCCGGGGGGGUCCGGGGCACUCACGGUGACGCGCAGCCCCUCCAGCGCAGCACCGAUGCUGCUCAGGUAGUCGGGCAGCAGGUCCAGCAGACACGUGCCCAGGAACACGCCGCCGGCGAAGCAGCUCACCAGGCUCAGCACCGGGCUGCGGGCGUCUGGGGGGGGGAACACGGGGCUGAGACCCCCCCCGUGGGACCCACAGCACAGCCCCUGUGUCCCCCCAGCUCCCUGGACACCCGGGAACCCCCCAAAUCCCAUUGGACCCCCAAGAACCCCGGAUACAUCUUGCACUCAUAGGAUCCCCACAUCCCCGUUGUGUGAUGAUGGCGAUGAAGACAACAGGGAUGGGAUAAGAGGAUGGGAUGGCGGGGAUGGAGACCCCCCUGGCGCCCCAAGACCCCCUAACUUCCUUAUCCACCCCCAUGCUACUGAGCCCCAUUGGAUCCCCCAAACUCCCCUGGACCCCCCCAACUCCCUAAGACCCCCCUGGGCCCCUCAGCCCCCUUAAAUCCCUGAGGACCCCCCCAGAACCCCAAAUACACCCCAGACCCCCUGAUUCCCAUAAGAUACUCCAACCUCCCCCUUAUCCACCCCCAGGACCCCUACGACUACUACUACCCCUCCGAGCCCCCUUGGUCCCCCCAAACUUCCCUGGACCACCCCAACUCCUUAAGACCCCCCUGGACUCCCCAGACCCCUUAAAUCCCCCCCAGAUACAUCCCAGAGCCCCUCAGGACCCCCCAAGUUCCCCAUAACCCCCCCGAAACCCGUUAAUCCCCCCCCCCGUCCCCAUCCCGUCCCGUCGCCGUUACCGGCGGCCGCGAGGGGCUGCCGGAAGCAGCAGAGCGGCCCCAGCCCGCAGGCGAGCGGCAGCAGCAGCAGCAGCACCAAGGAGCCCAGUUUCGCCUCCAGCCCCGGCGGGGGCCGCGGCGCCGUCCCCGGGCUCCAGGCGAGCUCCGCCGCGGGGCUCCAGGCUCCGGCACCCGCCGCCAUCGCGGCCCCGAGCUCAGCGCUCCGGGGGGAAGCUCCGCGCCGCCGCCUCCGCCGCGCUGCGCAUCCCGGCGUGAAGCGGGGCUGGGACGGGCCCCCCCACCCCGGCCCCCGGUGACUCACCCGGCCCCGACCCGCAGCGGGAUUAAGGACCGGGACCGGGAUCGGGAUCGGAAACGGGAAGUUAGGACUGGGAUAAGGGAGCCGGACCGGGAUCCGGAUGAAGGACUGGGAUCGGGGGCCGGAACUAGGGACUGGGAUAAAGGGCUGGGACCGGGCUCAAGAACCGGGCUCGGGACUGGGAUGAAGGACCGGGACCGGGAUCAAGAACUGGGAUCGAAAACCGGAACUAGGGACUGGGAUAAAGGACUGGGGCUGGGAUCAGGGACCGGGGUCGGAGACGGGAAGUUAGGACUGGGAUAGAGGAUUGGGACCGGGAUUAAGGACUAGGAUCGGAAACGGGAAGUAGAGACUGGGAUAAAGGAGUGGGGCCGGGAUCGGGGGCCGGAACUAGGCACCGGGAUAAAGGACUGCGACCAGGAUCAGGGGCCGGGAUCGGGGACUGGGACAGGGAUAAAGAGCCGGGAUCGGGGAGCGGAACUAGGGAUUGGGAUAAAGGACUUGGACGGGGAUCAGGGGCCGGGGUCGGAGACGGGAACUUAGGGCUGGGAUAAAGGACCCGGACCGGGAUCGGGGGCCGGGAUCAGGGACCGGGAUGGAGGACCAGGACUAUCGAGCUGGGAUCCCUGAUCGAGGACGGGACCAGGGGCCGGGAUCAAGGACCGGGACCGGGACCAGGGCCCGGGACUGAGCCCCCCCCGCACUCACCGCUCUCUACAUCGUCUCCGCCCGUCCCCGCGCCCUGGAGGGCGGAGCCCCGCGGGCCUCAGCCAAUAGAGACGCAGGAACCCGCUACAUGACGGGCGUGUCAGCCAAUAGGAAACGAGAACGCGCAGCGGCGGGAGCGCGCAGCGGCGCGCACACGUGUCCCGGUCCCCCGGUCCCGCUCCCGUUACCCCCCGUUACCGGGGGGGGGGGGGGGGGGGCGGCACCGGCCCGUCCCGCAGCGAGCGCGCCCCAGGAGCGGGAUGUGCGGGGCCGGGGCAGCCGCUGCCCCGGUAGAGGCUCGGGGGGGGUGCCCAAGGGGCGGCCCUUUGCCGCCGGUGCCCGGCUCCGGGGCGGGACUUGGCCGCGCUGGCCCCGGAUCCCGGAGAUCCUGGUGCCGGGAGCGCAGGGCGAGGGAUGGAGCUGGAGGCGCUGGAGCUCCCGGAUGGGCUCUUCCCCGAUGUCCCGUCCCCCGGCUCGGAGCCGCCGGCCGCGGGCUGGAUGCUCCCCGCGGGGCUCGGGGCAAGCGGGAACCCGGCGCCCCCCGGUGAUGGCAACGGAGGGGAAGCGCUGGAGGGGAAGGCCGAGGAGCUGCUGCGGCUGACGGUGAACCCCGACGUCGCCUGUGGGCUGGACACGGCCCCGGAGCCCCCCCCGGCCUCCGACCCCGCUCCUGCUGCCCUCUACGAGGUGAUCUGCGACCUCAGCGCCCCCCCCCCGGCCCGCGGCGCCGGCUCCGGCCAGCUCGACAACUGGCCGUGCCCCACGCUGCUGCCCGGCUCCUGCCUCAUCGAGCUGGCCCCUGCCCCCCUGCCCGCCCCCAGCCCCACGCUGCUCCUGACCGAGGAGGAGAAGCGGCUGCUGGCACAGGAGGGGGUGACGCUGCCCCACAACCUGCCCCUCACCCAGGCUGAGGAGCGGGUGCUGAAGAAGGUGAGGAGGAAGAUCCGGAACAAGCAGUCGGCUCAGGACAGCCGGAGGAGGAAGAAGGAAUACAUGGAUGGGCUGGAGAGCAGGGCAGCCGCGUGCUCCGCGCAGAACCGGGAGCUCCGCAGGAAGGUCCAAGAGCUGGAGCAGCUCAACGGGUCCCUGCUCCGGCAGCUCCGGGCGCUGCUCAAGCCCACGUCGGAAAAGGCCGCCCAGACCAGCGCCUGUGCCCUGAUCCUGGUCCUAUCCCUCGGCCUCAUCCUCUUCCCCAGCUCCAGCCCCUUCCGCCGGGAUACAGGGAGCAACCGGCCCAUUGGAGUCAUCUCCAGGAACAUCCUGACCCAGGAUGCAGCCGGAGAAGCCGCAUUCCCAGUGCUGGGAAUGGAAGAGCCCGGCCCCGCAGGGGAUGGAGCUGAUGGGGAGCCCCCCCUGAGCUCCAACUCCUCCAGCCAGGCCCCAACGGGGGACAUGGAGACAGGGAUACAGGGACACGGGGAUGAGAUGUGACCGGGAGCAGGGGGGGGACACCCAGCCCGGGCUCCCCAGAGGCAAAUAAACCACUUUGCACCCAAUGUGGGUGCCCCAGGA